GUUGAUUUUAAUUCGUAUUUAAAAGUCGAUAUAUAUAUAUUUAUGGGUACACUUCAAUACCAAUGUACAUCUAGUAUACUAAAAUAUAGGCAUAAUUUGAAAGUUUUUAAAAAAUUUAAAAAUGAAGGAAAAGUCGAUUUUAACAGUUGCAUUACGUAUUUUAACGGUCACAAUUUCAGGUAGGUAAAUCCUAUUUUAUUUUAUCCGAAAAGAACCAAAGGUAAUUCUAUUUCGAUUAUUUAAAAAUAAAAUGCUAAACUGAAUUGAAUUUUGUACGAAUAUCUUGUUUGAAUAUAAUUUUUUAUAAAAACUCAAUGUAUACAAAUGUGAGUAAUAUUCUAAAUUAAUAGGUAUUAUAGGUAAAUUAAUUAUGAAUAUUAUAUAAUAAUUAAUAGUAAAAUAUUUGUUAAAGCUAAUAAACAAUAGACAAAUUACCCAAAUAAAAACAAAGUUUAUAAGUACUAGCAAUAAAGUAUUUCAUAAAUAGGUAAAAAUUGUAUUGAAAAACAAUCAAUCCAUUAAAUGUCAAAUUUAAAUGAAUGUUUAGAACACGUUAAGAUACGAUUAGUUAUUAUUUAUUACCUAGUUAAUAUAAAUUCACGUUUUUAUCGUUACCUAGUACAAUUAUUAUCAAUAUAAUAAAAUAAAAACCGGAAAAACAAAAUUUUCGAAAAUUCGAUUUUAUUUUAUAGAAUACGUAUUUUAGUUAGGAUACAUAUCCUUUGUAUGCGUGUAACUUAGUAUUUGAAAAAAAAGAAAAUGUUUAUUUUGUUUGUUUGAGACGAUCAACUGAGAUAGAUUAUAUCAACUUGUCAAUACAUUGCACUUUUAAAUGUAAACAGAUAACUUGCAACAUAAAACUAUGACCACCAAUUUCCACAAGGAAAUACAUCUAUAUUGUAGGUAUAAUUGACUAUACCGCUAACGUGGCCUCUAGUGAAGACGGUAACUAAGAAAACUCGACCGGUGGUUUAAAAUGUUAAAAAAUUAUCGAUAAUUACGAAUACUGCCCGCAAUAUUCUACAGAAUGAUCAAUUUAUCAUGAAUCUACGAGUUUCUCGAAGGAACAUAAUUAAUUUAAUUUAUGUUUUUUGUUUUUCAAUAAUUACAGAAUUAUUUACGUUUUAUUUUAACAAUGUUUUAAAUUUUUACCCUUAUUCCUUAUAUAUUGAUUGAGUAUACCUAUACUAUAGAUUUUCAAAUGAAAAUUCUUUACAGAGUGGAGUGAGAAACAAAUUCAGGACAGGAAAAUUAAUUUCCUCCAUGCUAAUCAACAUUUUCAUAUCUUUUUUAUUUAUUUGUAUAUAUCUACGAAAUAAUCUCCAAUUUACAAGAAAUAAUUUUCAUAAUCAGCUAAUUAUUCUGAAACUAAAUUAACAACUUAGGUAUGUUUAGUAAUAAAAAAAAAAAAUGACACAUAAUAAUAAUAUUAUAACUAGAGUUAGGAUAUUGAUGACCUAAAAAACACACAAAAAUGCCCUAAAAACUUCAAACAAUGAACUUAAAAUAUGACCUAAAAACUUUAAUAAAAUAAGUGAAAAAAAUGUAUUUAUAAAUAAUAAUUUUUAUUAGAGAUAUGGUUGUGAUAAUGGGUGUCAGAGUGAAUUAUAAUAUUAAUAAAUAAUAGUAUACAUUUACAUUUUAAACAUUAUAUAAAAUUAUUAGAAAUAAAUAAAAAAACUAUAUUAAAAAUAUUCUCGUUUAUAUUCAUAUUGCACUGUUGCACUGUAUAAUUAAAAUGUGUCGCUGUGCGAAUGAAUGCUGUGAGUUUUGUGAUAUAAUUUAUCUCUGUUUAUUUAAUCUCUGUAUUCCCCCCCCCGUGAAAACUUCUUUUCAAAACAUUAAAAUAACAAUAGUAAUACAUGAUAUUUACUAUUUAAUAAUAAUAAUAUGUAAUGAAAAUUAGUUAGCAUUUUUUUUCUUAUCACUCCGGAACCCGGUCUUAGAAUCUUAGAAGAUAAGAUUCAUAAUAAUAAUUUUUGAUAUCUAGGGAUUUUUUAGCGCCUCUGAAAGAGUUCAUUUUUCAACGAAAGUGAACGUGAAUGUGUUGUUUAUUAAAAAACUGACGUGUUCAUUUUAUUGGACAAUAAACGUGAACGUAAAUGCGUUCACUAUUCUAGUGAUCGUUCCAAACACUGGAACCUUUUGAACACAAAAUAAUACCAUAAUAUUACUAUAAUAACGUUUAAAAUAUUUUUGAAAUUAAAACUAAUUAUCACGUGAAAUAUUAAAAAUAUAUUAAUACUUAAAAUACUAUAGAGUGUUUCACCAUUUUUUGAAUUCUCACUGGAAAAAUAAUACAAAAAAUGGUCAGAUGUAUACUUAUAUAAUAGCUCAAGAUGAUAAAUUUCUAUACAAACGUUAUUCGUAAUUAUUUUAAUUUUAUUUUGUGAGCGAGCAAAGGAUUAUUUUUAAACGUAGGUAUAUAAGUAUAAUUUUCACCAAAAGAUAUAUUUUUUUUAUAAAACACAUUAGAUUUUAGUUCCAUUUUUUGAAAUAUUUUAAUUAGCGGUUCCCAAUAUUUUAAGGUUUUUUGGGUUCUAGAUCGUGUUCUUUUGGUUUGAUUUUAGUCAAAUAAAAUAAAAAUAUAAAAAUAUAUUAAUUAAUCAUUAAAAAGCAUGACAUUACUCAUUUAAAAAUAUAGAUUCCUGUUAGGGUCCGGUAACCAAUAUUUUUUGGUUUGUUUAAAGUCCUUGUGUUGAAUUUAUGAUUUAUAUGAUAGGUUUGGUACCUUUAACAUUGAAAAUGUCUAUGUGGUGAAAAUUUGUUAGUGAAUACUAAAAUGUGUGAUAAUUUAAUCUGUAUACGAGUUGGUAAAAUUAAUUUUAAAGACAUUACAUUUUGUAAUAAUAUAUAUAUAUUUUUUUUUAUUAGUUUUAGGUAAAGCAGGCGAGGGCUAUGCAUCGAAACCAUUAGGUGAAUGUAAGGCUUUGGAUCAAAUAUGUGAAGACGACCAAAGCUGUUGUUCUCGAUACUGUUUGAAACCGUUCUUAAGCAUAAUAUGGACUAAAGGGAUUUGUUAUACCCCAGCCCCAACGAUCAAUGAUGAAACAUAUAUUAACGGUUCUAUCAAUUAUACUUAAAAUAUAAAAUCAAAACAAUAACUUUUUUAUAUUCAAAUUCAAAAUGUGUAUUUGUGUUAAAACUUGUAAUAGCUCAUGCUGGAAUAUGUGAAUUUUACAAGGAAACCGAUCCAAAAGAAAUACAAUAUUUGAACACCGAAUUCAACGUUCUAAAUGCAGCUCAUCUGAGUUUACCACCCUAUACACGGGUCGAAGUAUGGCACAAUAAAUAUUCGGUCAUCGUCAUGAUAAACGAUCGUCUUCCAAGAUCAAACGGAACAUUGUUGGAUUUAUCGAAUGAAGCAGCGGAACAGUUAGGUGUCGCCCAAGAAGGAUUUCUGUCAUGUAGAAUACAAAGAAUUACGGCUAAUUUGAUAAUAAGACGUAUUUUAUUUACAGCGCCCAUUGUGGUUGUCAUAUUUGGAAUGGUUAUAUACGCGAUAGCGUAAAAAAAAUAUAUACAAAUAUAAUUAAUAAAUAAAAUAAAUUAAACAAACGAAAAUUGUAUUUAUAUAAUAAUGUAUCAAUGUAGUAUUUAUUUUUUUUAAUUGAAUAUAAUGUAUAAAUUCAGUUAUUUUAUUGUACUUACUACACAA